UUUUUUUCAGCUCCGAAUAUCUACGGUGAUCGUAAGAUAGUGAAUCUCACUUUAUAUUCCGCGUUUCUUUUCAGAUUUGUAAUGAUAUGUAUAAGAUAUCUGAAGUUUUCUAAAAUGGAAUCUAUUUCUAAAAACGAGUGUAGAACGAAAGCGAGUUCUACGGGGUUUCACGUGCAAGAUAGUGCUCGGAACAAAUCCGUCGCGGAUAGUCAAGAAAGUCUCCCUUCGAGCUCUUUUCCAUUUCUAUCUUUGGAGUAUCGCAUAAAGGAUGUUACUGUUCCCUCACAGCAGCCAUCUCUACGACAAACAAAUACGACAAAACUUUCAUGCCGCGGAAAAUAAUAAUACGAAGAUAAAUUUGCAUUGGCAUGUUGUUGUAACUAGACAUGGUGAAUCAGGCAAAGUGGAUUCUGUUGUGAAUUCCAUCUUGAACUUCCAAACGGAUUACACUUGAGAAAGUACGAGUUAAAAACAUACAAACAUUCUUAAUACGUAUUAAAUCGUGCAAAUAGAAUUGGACAUAUAUAGUGCAUAUGUACGAAUGUAGGAGAGAAGGAAUCCCGAGAGAAACGCUGAUGACGUGAAUAAUUAUCCUAAUAACUCGAGGAUGCUGCAGAUUCCAGAUUUCUCUCAACACUUAAGAUAGGCGGAUUGCGCAAAAUUCAUCUCUCUCACUCGCUUCGAUUUACCAUAUUUUAAUCAGUUUAAAAAGGAACCAGCGAUGCAACCAGUAAUUCUGAAGCAGGAAUUAAUUGAUAACACAUACUUACACACAACUAAUAAUACGUAAAAUUUAAAAAUCUUAAUCACAUUAAUUUCAAUAUUUUAUUAAUUUUCUAUUAUUUUUCUGUUACAGAAUCAACAUUCAGACGACAACGUAGGAUUUUCAACGCUUAAAGUAAAUAAAAAGAAGAUGGAAAAGCUAUUAAUUGUAUAAAGCAUAUUAGCCAGCUGUCGCCGACAACGGCGUGUCUUGAUCCCGUGAAGAUUCCCGUGGGAUCCAGUCGAAGGAGAGAAAAAAAGAAAGCCGACAGCCACCUGUAUCUUCUGCCGGAAGACACGGAUUUUCUUAAUGAUAAAAAAGAGAGGAGGGGGGGAGGGAAAGAAGUGAAGAUACGGAGAACGUGAAGGGGUAUACGACGACUACGGAAUAAAUCGCGCAGAAACGAGGAGUUUUAACCCGAAUCGCGUAGCGGACGAAUGGCCGCGAUUUCCCGGAGGAACAUGGAUGCUCCCGCGAGAGCGCAACGUAAGCGGGGAGGUGGACGGGACUCCGAUCGACCUCCUCCCGGGUGAUGCCUUCCUGAGGCGGCGAAAUUCUCGCGGUCGUGCUCGAGGUCACCAAGGAUCGACCAAGGGGAACAUGGCCGAUCUCGAAAGAAUCAGGCUGGUGGUGCUCGGCGAUGCCGAGGUCGGCAAGAGCGCCAUUAUACGUCGACUCCUCGGUCAGGGCUUCAGCGAACGAUACCGGCCCACCGUGGAGGACCUCUACUCGCGAGAAUGCGUCCUCGGCACUUUGACGCUUAAGGUCGAUCUUCUGGAUACCGCGGGUGACCUGCAGUUUCCCGCAAUGAGGCGGUUAAGCAUAGCCACCGCCCACGCAUUCCUACUCGUCUAUGCAACAUCGUCAUUAUCAAGCUUCGAAUACGUGAAACGUUGCUUCGAAGAAGUGAGAGAACAACGACCCGAUUUCCAGGAAGUACCGAUAGUCGUCGCCGGCAAUAAACUUGAUCUAGCGCCAGCACGAAGAGAAGUACCUAUCGAGGACGUGAGCGAAUGGCUGUUUUGCGAAUUGCCAAAACUGCGCGCCAAAGUGAUGGAGUGCUCGGCAAAGGACGACUACAACAUUAAGGACUUAUUCAGAUGUUUCGUCACGCUUUCCAGGAUCGUGCCGAAAAACCCUACCGGCGAGGUCGAGCAGUCGGGACUCAAAAGGAGAUGUUCGGCAUACGGAUCACGCAGAUCCGGAAGUCCUGGCGGCAGAACCGGCAGCGCGGUCCCGGGGAAUUCCCAGCAAGUGGUCGCGGCUCAGGGUUCCAGCGUCGUCUCCGUCACCGAGGAGGUGAAAAGCAAGCCACGUAGCCGCAGCUUGAUCAGGCGUACCUCAAGGAAAACGAAGCAGCAGAUCAGGGAUGCCCGCGCCGAUGACUGCAACAUCUCCUAAGUCGGCCAUUCCGAGCAACCGGAAAAUGAACUUCGUCCGCGACCAUGAAUCCGCUGGUCCCGAUUAUGUCGUGAGGAAACGCGACAAAGAACUCAACUGUUCUGAGUUCUUUUGAUAAAGUGCGUUAAGGUAAGACUCGAGCUGGGGCUCACGAUUUACAAGGAAACGAGGCGAAUAAUCUUUCCACGGAUAAUGGAUCAACAUUUACCACUUACUCCGUCUCCGACCCAUGAGACUCCAAGAAGGUGAGAAGUAAGCGUGACAAGUAAAUAAAAUGGCUGCUUUCCGAGGAAAUCUAGCUCGAAGAGAUAUAGACCGUCAACUUAAAAUUUGCACUGGAAAGGAUGUGUAUCGAUAAGAAGAGUGUUAUAAUUAAAUUGUAAAAGUUGUAAAUUGAUUUUUCCUAAUAAAAUA